CGGUCCAGUCACCAGGGGGCGCGCUGGCCGGCGCCGCGGAUCUCCGAGCUGCGCGGCCCGACUCGCGUCCGCCAUAUUGGAUGCCGCAGCCGCUGCUGCCAGCGCUUCCUCCUCCGUCUUCGCUGUGCGCUGCUGGUUCCUGCGGCCCGAGCGGCGGGGAGCGCAGUGGCCGCCGCCUCUUCCGCCGCCGGGCUCGGGGCCUCCGCACCGACAACAUGGAGGCUGUGAAAACCUUCAAUAGCGAGGAUUGUGCCUCUACUCCUGCUUGUACAGACUGCUUUUCCAGCAGCAUGGACACAAGAAGCAUAUUGUAUUCCCUGAAUGACUACAAACCACCCAUUUCUAAAGCGAAAAUGACCCAAAUUACUAAGGCAGCCAUCAAAGCUAUUAAGUUCUAUAAACAUGUGGUACAGAGUGUUGAGAAAUUCAUUCAGAAAUGUAAACCAGAAUACAAGGUACCUGGACUUUAUGUUAUUGACUCCAUUGUACGACAAUCUCGACAUCAGUUUGGUCAAGAAAAGGAUGUGUUUGCACCCAGAUUUAGUAAUAACAUCAUUAGCACUUUCCAGAAUUUAUAUCGUUGCCCUGGGGAUGACAAGAGUAAAAUAGUGAGAGUAUUAAAUUUAUGGCAGAAGAAUAAUGUGUUUAAGAGUGAGAUUAUUCAGCCUCUUUUGGAUAUGGCAGCAGGGAUUCCUCCCCCAGUUGUCACACCUGUUUUGGCCAGUACUACUGCUGCUAUGAGCAACACCCCAGGAACUCCUGUGACACCUGUUACUCCAGCCAAUGUGGUCCAAGGUCUACCGGAUCCGUGGGUAUCUCAGAUAACAAACACAGAUACACUUGCAGCAGUAGCUCAAAUCUUACAAAGUCCUCAAGGCCAACAGCUUCAGCAGUUAAUACAGACUUUACAACUACAACAGCAGAAGCCUCAGCCUUCUAUCCUGCAGGCCCUGGACGCUGGUCUCGUUGUGCAGUUGCAAGCUCUCACAGCACAGCUCACGGCUGCAGCUGCCGCAGCCAACACCCUGAACCCCUUGGAACAGGGAGUGGCUUUCAACAAGAAGUUGAUGGAUAGGUUUGAUUUUGGGGAAGAUUCUGAGCAUAGUGAAGAACCCAAAAAGGAAAUUUCAGCUUCUCAACUUUCUCAUGUUUCAGAAUCUGUGAACAAUUCCAUUUUUCAUCAGAUAGCUGAACAGCUACAGCAGCAAAACCUUGAACAUCUCAGACAGCAACUCCUAGAACAGCAACAGCCUCAAAAGGCAACCCCUCAGGAUAGUCAAGAGGGCACGUUUGGAUCAGAGCAUUCCGCCUCACCAUCACAAGGGAGCAGUCAACAGCAUUUCCUUGAACCUGAAGUGAAUUUGGAUGAUUCUAUAGAUAUUCAGCAACAGGAUAUGGAUAUAGAUGAAGGGCAAGAUGGAGUGGAAGAGGAGAUCUUUGAACAAGAAGCAAAGAAAGUGGCUGUUCGCUCAAGAUCAAGAACACAUUCACGAUCUCGUUCAAGAUCACCAAGAAAACGAAGGUCUCGGUCGCGAUCUGGUUCUCGAAAGCGUAAACACAGAAAGCGAUCACGCUCCCGCUCAAGAGAAAGAAAGAGGAAAUCAUCACGUUCAUACUCAAGUGAAAGGAGAGCGAGAGAAAGGGAGAAAGAACGACAGAAGAAGGGACUACCUCCAAUUAGAUCUAAAACAUUAAGUGUAUGUAGUACUACUUUGUGGGUUGGUCAGGUGGAUAAGAAGGCAACCCAGCAAGAUUUAACCAAUCUGUUUGAAGAGUUUGGACAAAUUGAAUCCAUUAAUAUGAUUCCUCCCAGGGGCUGUGCUUACGUCUGCAUGGUUCAUCGACAAGAUGCUUUUCGGGCUCUUCAGAAACUUAGUUCCGGAUCAUAUAAAAUUGGGUCCAAGGUCAUUAAGAUUGCUUGGGCUUUAAACAAAGGUGUAAAAACAGAAUAUAAACAAUUCUGGGAUGUGGAUCUUGGAGUUACGUAUAUACCGUGGGAAAAAGUUAAAGUGGAUGACUUGGAAGGUUUUGCAGAAGGAGGCAUGAUUGACCAGGAAACUGUAAAUACUGAGUGGGAAACUGUGAAAAGCUCAGAACCCGUUAAAGAGACGGUGCAGACAACUCAGAGCCCAACUCCAGUUGAAAAGGAGACAGUGGUCACAACCCAGGCAGAGGUUUUUCCUCCACCUGUUGCUAUGUUACAGAUUCCAGUAGCGCCAGCCGUGCCUGCAGUUAGUUUAGUCCCACCAGCAUUUCCUGUCUCAAUGCCGGUUCCUCCUCCUGGAUUCAGUCCAAUCCCUCCACCUCCUUUUCUGCGAGCGAGUUUUAACCCUUCACAACCACCUCCUGGUUUCAUGCCACCUCCAGUUCCACCACCUGUUGUACCACCACCCACCAUUCCACCAGUAGUACCAACAUCUUUAGUGCAGCCGCCAUUAUCCAUGACUCCAGAAACUGUGAAAGAUGUUGGAUUUGGUGGUCUUGUUUUACCUGGCGGUUCUGUUGCCAGCAGUCUUGCUACUUCCACUCUGCCAGCUGGAAAUGUUUUUAAUCCUCCAACUAAACAAGCAGAGCCUGAAGAAAAAGUACCUCAUCUUCUAGACCACCAGAUUCCUUCUGGUGAAAACACCAGAUCAGUGAUUCCAAAUGAUAUUCCAAGUAGCCCUGCAAUUUUAGGAGGACAGCCGCCAAAUGUGACAAGCAAUUCUGGAAUUCUGGGAGUCCAAAGACCAAAUGUAUCGAGUAAUUCUGAAAUUAUUGGAAUCCGGCCAUCUAAUGUUUCCAGUAGUUCUGGGAUUAUUGGAGCCCAGCCACCAAAUAUUCUAAAUAACUCUGGAAUUUUGGGACUACAGCCACCAACUGUGUCAAGUAGUUCUGGACUUUUGGGAGUGCUCCCCCCAAAUAUCCCUAAUAAUUCCGGACUUAUAGGAGUACAGCCACCAAAUGUUCCAAACGCCGCUGGACUUUUGGGGACACAACCCCCAGCUGGGCCUCAAAACUUACCCCCUUUAAAUCUCUCUAGUCAAAGGAUGCCCACAAUGCCAAUGUUAGACAUUCGUCCAGGACUAAUACCACAGACACCUGGACCAAGAUUCCCUUUAAUACAGCCUGGAAUUCCACCCCAAAGGGGAAUCCCUCCCCCAUCGGUACUUGAUUCAGCUCUUCAUCCGCCACCCCGUGGUCCUUUUCCUCCAGGAGAUAUUUUUAGUCAGCCAGAAAGACCUUUUCUAGUUCCUGGAAGACAAAGUGUAGACAAUGUUACCAAUCCAGAAAAAAGGAUACCACUUGGGAAUGAUAACAUUCAACAGGAAGGAGAUAGAGAUUACCGGUUUCCUCCCAUUGAAGCCAGGGAAAGCAUUAGUAGACCUCCCCCCGUGGAUGUUAGGGAUGUGGUUGGACGGCCUAUAGAUCCAAGAGAAGGUCCUGGAAGGCCUCCAUUAGAUGGUAGGGAUCAUUUUGGAAGACCUCCUGUCGAUAUUAGAGAGAAUCUUGUGAGGCCAGGCAUAGAUCAUCUUGGUCGAAGAGACCACUUUGGCUUUAAUCCAGAGAAGCCCUGGGGGCAUAGAGAUUUUGAUGAGAGAGAACAUCGGGUUCUACCUGUCUAUGGUGGUCCAAAAGGCUUACAUGAAGAAAGAGGUAGAUUUCGGUCUGGAAACUAUCGAUUUGAUCCUAGAAGCGGUCCUUGGAACAGAGGAUUUGGACAAGAAGUUCACAGAGAUUUUGAUGACCGCAGAAGACCCUGGGAGAGGCAAAGGGAUAGGGAUGACAGAGAUUUUGAUUUCUGCAGAGAAAUUAAUGGAAACCGUCUUGGACGAGAUAGAAUUCAAAACACCUGGGUCCCCCCUCCUCAUCCUCGGGUUUUUGAUUUUUUUGAAGGGGCCACUUCUCAACGAAAAGGUGAUAACGUGCCUCAGGUUAAUGGUGAAAAUACCGAGAGACAUGCCCAACCACCACCUUUACCAGUACAGAAUGAUCCUGAACUUUAUGAAAAACUGACAUCUUCAAGUGAAAUAAACAAGGAGAAGAGUGACACAGUUGCUGAUAUAGAAAGUGAACCAGUGGUAGAAAGCACAGAAACUGAGGGGACAUAAUCAUCGCUCAGUAGGUAAAAGAUACCUUUUGUAAAGUUGUCAUCUCUCUGUAAUAGAUUAUUGGCUGACUGGACCAUAGUUGUUCACUUUUGUCUGCCAGAAUUAAGUUAAUCUGAUGUUCAUGUUCACCUUUCUCUUAAAAUAAUUGUACAACUGACUUGUAUAGACAUUGUUCUUAAUAUGAACAUGGUAGGUAAACAUUUUUUUAUUUUUCUGAUAAAAUAUAAAUGUUGCCCCCAGAUUCUUUUAACUUCAAGGAAAUGAAUAACAGCUUGUCAGAGACUUCCUAUGGAAGAAAGAAUUUUUUAGAUACUACCAUUAGGUUGGAUAUGGUAAUAGAUAUAUUUCAAAAUAGCAAGUGAUGGUAUAUCUUAUCCAUAUCUUUAGGCUGCUGCAGAAUUUUAAGGUAAUAGACAAAGCUGUGAUAUUUUAUGCAAAGACUGGCUCUAGAUAUUUGAGGAGCACAAUACAGAGAUUUUAAAAAGUGAUUUUGUAAAAUCUACACUAUGGUCUCUGUUUCUCCAAAGUAAGUGUUUGUGAUUUGUUCCUCAUACUGCAGUGAGUAAAAAAGAAAAAAGAAAAAAAAGAAAACAACAAAUAUUAAAGUACGUUUCAAUGUUGGGUGAAUUUUGUUUUUAGAUGCCAAUAAAACUUACUUGUUUGAUAACAGUGUUCUAGGAAUUGUAUUUUUUUAAUCUACAAAUUCUUAAAACCCUGGAUCAUUAGCAGCAUGUGCUUAUUAGUUGUUGCAGAAGUUUUUUAUUACUCUUAACAACAAUGAAGAACUGUGUGGUGGAAAAACAUGUACUUUGAUAUAAAAAUCAUGCAGUCUCAUUAGUAUGUAUGUAAUAUCUGUGUAUAUUUAUUGUGUAAGUCAUACGUAGAUUCUUCUGUUUCUCUGUAUGUCUGUCUUCGUGUACAUACAGAGAAAAAUAGCGGAUAGUUUAGAUAAUAAAAUAGUCUUCAAAAUCGGAUAGAAAAUUAGAGAAAUUUGGCUAGUUGACAAUGCUUAUAGUCAAAACUCUUCUUAGCUUUUAUGAAGGUAAAAUAACUAUUGUAAAGAAAUGCAUUGGCCGUUUGGCAAUUCUGUUUUAAUGUAGUUAGGCAUGAAACCAGAGUUAGCAUGGAGCCAAAAUUCACAUGAAUGCUUGCAUUGCUUUGUUUCACAUUAUAUUUGCUAUUCUGCAUAGAUAGUGCUAGUACUAAAGUACUUGUUACUUGCCUGAAGUGGAUUUCUUAAUUGCACAGAAUGUAUAGAGGUGUUGGUGGAUUUAAAAACAUUAUAUAUAUCAGGAACAAAGCGUCCACCAUGUGUUUUGUAGGCUGUGGGUAACACUGUUCAGAUUAGCCUCCAAGGUAAACUGAGUAGCAGAAAAAUUGGGGAUUAGUUUUCUAUUUAUUUAUUUAUUUUUGCUUUUAAUUUUCAUUUAUUUGCUGUUUGUUUUUCCUUUGGGUUUUACAUAUAUAUACAUAUAUAUAAAACCAUUGGUGGUUUUUUUCGCUCCUAAUGAAGGCUUUUAUUUGGUCCUAUGAAUAGACAUUUUUGCUCCCUAUGCAUUCCCAACUAUUCAUCAUUUGCUCUAUUUCUCUAAAAUUCUUAAGCUAUGUUUGUCAAGCCUGCCCAGAGUAACGAUAGAACACACCGGCUAUUUAAAAUUGGAUUGUUUUUGCUUACCUCUUGAUGAUCUAAAGAGCUAUAAGAGCUUUAUGGAUGGUUCCUGGCCAAAAAAUCAAGUCAUUUCUUCUUAUAGGUUCUGAACAGAAAUAGUACAUUAUUUGUUUUGUUACGUGAAGAAGUGGGUACUAGUGGAAAUUGGGUGUUUAUUUCUACAGUAAUUCAGUCCAGUAAUUUGAAUUGGUUUCAGUCUUUUCCUUAGGAAAACAGGAAAAACUGUGACAUUGGUACAAAGUAUUAAUGUUCAGGAAUGAUUAGCCUUGUCCUUAAGGAACUUAUAUUGACUGGGAUUUCAAACUACUUUAGUUGCAUUUACCAUUAUUAAAAUUAAGUGACAUUCACUUGGAUUAAGUAGCAAUAAAAAUGUAAGACUUUUUAGUGACCUUUGAUCCCAAGUUUUCUUUUUAUCACUGUUGGGCCUUCAUGUGCAAACUUGAAAACAAAAUACAUACAAGUAUUGCACUGCUUUGAAGAUUCUGGUGGUGAAAGUUAACCUAAUCAGUUGUCAGUAAGUGUAGAAUCCCAUCUUGGGAGUGUGUGACACUCUGAAAAUAGUUGAAAAUAAUUAUGUGUACUUGUUCUCACUUUGUUCCUAUUUGGUAGUAUAGUAUUUAAGUGAAAGGAUAUUAUUCAUCCUCAUACUGAAUUUCCAAAGUUGAUACUUAUGUUCACCAUUUUUUUAAAUAAUGGAGAGAAGUUAAUUAUCUUUAAGUUUGACGCAAGACCUAUCAUGUUUUGAUGCUUUUGAUCCCAGUACUGUCACUAGAAUGCUAGCCAUUAGAAAUAUGCAAGGAGUAACCUAACCACUUUAAUAAAAUUCUUCAAAGUGCUGCAGGCAGUAUCUAUACAUUAGCCACCAAAUCAAUAAUGUUUUGAUUUGUGAUAUGUCAGAGAAUGAUAUGACUCUCUGAGGUAUUUGUAGACUACAGUUUUAGUAGAUACUACUUUUUAAAUUUUUUUUUGUCUUUAAACAUUUCAUUAAACAUUGGCUUCUAUUUAUAGCAUAAAUACAUAUAAUGUACUUUGAUCAUUUAUAUUGCAGUAGAAAUUUAUCUUACAGCAAAGCAAUCAUUAUUUGUAGCAUAUUAUAGGUGGAAUGCUAAAUUUAUUUCAGUACAUAGGAUGGACAAAUGCUUAGCAUUGGAAAACGGAAUAGUAUAAAAUUAUUCACUUUAAAACUCUGAAAAUGACUUCAUGUAAGAUUUAAUUGAUAAAAUUUGUUCAUUAUUUAAGCUCUUAUAUUACUAGAGUUUCUUUUGUCGUGAUAAUUUAGUUGCUUCAUUAAAUUUAUUGGCCAUUUUCACUCAUAUAAAAGAUUAUAGUUAUGGAGCUACACAUUUAAGGUUGUUUUGGGGGUGGGUCACUUUUGUUACAUUUGAAAAGAAGAAGUUACCUCUUUUAAUUUGAAAAAGUAUUUUUUUAUAAACGAACACCUUAGUUCAUCAGAUCUAAGGUGCCAUUGAUUGUGAGAACCAUUCAGGAAUAAAAAAUGUUUCCAACAUAACAUGCCAGUGAUUAUAAGACCCAUCCUAAUUCAGAAAUGUCAAAAUGUAAAGUGUCUUAGAAUCAAAUACGGUAUUCAUUAUGAAUUUUAUAUAUAUAAUCCCUUAUUCAUUAAGUCAUUUAAAGAACAUUUUGAUGAUGUUUUUUGUCAUUGUAUAUAUUUUAGAUGGGCACAACUUUAAAGAAAAAGAAAAUUUUAGUAUUCAAUUAAAAAUAAUUUUGUUAUACCUUAUGUGCCUUUAUUAUCAUUACUUUAUCGGGUGCUAUAUUAAUAAAAUGUCUUAAGGGCUUUUAACUCUUUCAGAGAAAGAAAACAUUAGCAUUUUUCUCUUUAAAUAUUUUACAUAAUGUAGAAGAGGAGAAGCAAGUCCUUUAUAUUCAUUUUUAAGAUAGGUAAAAUUAAAAACUAAAUAUUUGUAAAUAGUCAUAAAUACUGCAGUGUGGCAGAGAAUUAUAAAUGUUUCCUUAAUUGAGGAUGAUGUGGUUUUAUAUAAAACAUCUUUUAAACUAUAAGUUUUAGGCAUUGAAAUUUUUGUUUUCCGCUUCUGGAGAAAAAAAGAUUACUACUUUUUAAUGGGAGAUUUAAAAACAAGAUACCUUGGUUUAGCCAAACUUUCUGGAACUAGAAUUCAAAAUUAAUGGCCCAGAUUAUUUUCUUGAGUGGGGGGGGGUUACUUUAAAUAGGGGCAUACAUAUUGAAAGCAAUCUGAAAUACACCGUGUCUGUGAUUCUCAGCCAAGAAAUGUAUAACAGAAUCACCUGCUGGAUCUAUUUGGAAAUAUCAGGAGGUGGAGGGAUGUCACCACAGACUGACUAAUACAGAAUUCCCUGGGGAGAUACAUAUUUUUAUACAUAUGUACACACACACACACACACACACACACACCCCUCCCUGGGUGUAUAUUUACUUUUUAGAUUCCCACAUACCACCACUUCAGAUAAUUUAAAACAUGUAAAUACUUAAUAUACUGUGCACUUGAGAUUCUUUAAAAAAUUCCUUAAGUAAAAUACUUUGGUGAUCUAAAAAUUAUUUGGAGUGUUUCAAUAAAGUGUAUAAUUUGUGGCGGUUGGUGUUGGAGUAUGAAUAAAAACAGGGAAGUCAUUAUCACCAAUGUUUUAAACUCAUUAAAGCAUUAAGCAUUAAUCUAAAAAUGAAUUAAAGCGAAGCGAUGGAAAGAAGCAUAUGAGAUGGUUUUAUAGGAAGUAUUUUUGACUCAAGUGAAACUUUGUUAUAGGAUACCUCACAGAAAAAUUUACUCGAUACCAUGGAAUUAAAUGCUUUGAUUAUAGAAGGAGCCCUUUUGGGACAAAAUUACGAGCAUUAAAUUUAUCAAGGACUGGUAAUGUUACUAGUAAGACUACUUAGAUGUGGGUUGCACAUCAAAAACUAAUGCAGAUCAGUGGCUUAUUUUGCAUGAGCUUUGCUCAGACAUUUUUCUUCCCCUCUACUUCUCCCCUCUUUCAGGGUGGUUGUUUCAUUCUGUAUGUAUACUUAGAAUUACCCGGCCUUGUUCUAGUCGCAAUAUAGAACGAAUAUUCUAAGUAAUUAAAUUCCAAUUCUAAGUAAAUUGGAAACUAUAGGUCAAGGGGUAGAAUUGUGCUAACAGGCUAACUAUAUUGUUGUAGAAGUGUUAGGUGCUUUGGAUAGUGGGAUGAUCUGUAGUGACGGAAGCAGAGGGAGCUCUUAUGCACAGAGCUCACUAGAUGGUAGAGAGUAAACUUGGAACUUGUGACUUUGAGCCAAGAAUUAAUGAGAACUAGAUGAGUUUAAUGAGUCUAUUACAUUUGUGUGGCAAUGGCAGAAUGUAGCACUUGGUUGACCUUUGUUGUUUGUCCCUCUCUAAACCUCCAUGGGCAGCUAUCAUUAUUUUGUCUUAUUUGUCUUAUUUUUCUGCCUUUCUCAGAAUUCUCAAAUUCUUCUCAUCAUAGCACUCCAGCCUCCUUUUUGACCCUUCAUUUCAGGCAAGGACUAUCAAUUGGACAGAACUAUGGUGAAAACAAUCUGCUGCCCCUUGGCUUAGUGAUUUCUAAGGUCAUUUCUAGCAUUUAAAUACAUUGAGUCUAUGAAAUAAAUUUUCACUUCUGUAAAAAACCAGCUGAGGAAGCAGGAAGAACAAAGGGAAAGACUAACGACAUUGGAACUUUUAAAGAGACCACAGAUUUCAUUACAUUAGGUUUUCAAACCUAUCUUUAACAUUUGCUAGAUAAAUGUCUUUAGGCAAGUUACUGUAUUUCUAAGCAUCAUUUCUUAACUAAUCUGUAGGGUUACACUUUUUAAAUUAUUGAUAAUAUUAGCUAAUAUUUAAUGACACAUACUAUGUGACAAGAACUGGGAUAAUUUUACUACGUGUAUAAGCCUCAUGACAAUCUUGUAGUAUUAAUAUUUUAAUAUCUAUUUUACUAACGAGAAACCUGUCACAGAUUUAAGCUAUUUCCCAAGGUCACACAACUUAUAAAUAUUUGAGCAAAGAUUGAAACCCAAGUUUAUUACUUUCAAAAAUUAGUGUGUACCACCUUCUAAAGUGCCAGACGUACAUGGCAGAGGCUCACAAACUAUUAAUUCCUCUUCUGUUUAAAAGGCAAAUAAAUUUGUGCAGAAAAACAAACUUGAACCACCAGUCUUAUCCUUAUAGGGUAAGGCUGCAUUUAAAAACUAAAUUGAACUUGUGUUUUCGCUAUUACAAGUAUAUGUGGGACUAUCUUCUUUUCCUAUAGCUAAACAAUCACUUCAGCUUCAUUUUCUUAGAUUCUGUUUUCAGGAUUUGGGUUUUUCUUAAGGGUAUACCAUGAUAUAAUGUUAACUUUCUUAAUAACAUGCUAUUUUGGAGGCAAGUUUGUGUUGCAUUGAUAUUAAAUAAGAUUUCUUUUUGAUUACAGCUUUCCCCACAAAUAAAAUAAAAUAUCAAAACGUAUUUAUUUUUUAAAAUGUUUUCAUACAUGUAAAGCAGAGCCAGUGAUUGCUUGCAAAUUUAUCUUUUAGGUUGUGGCCUUGGCAGCUCCUUUCUAAAAUUCAGCAUUUGUAUACUGUAUGUAUAGUCCAAACUUAGUACUCAGUUUUCUUGUGUAUAAAACUCCUAUAUUAGGAAUAUUCCAUGGCUUGAAUGAAGUUAAAUAUGUAAAAUUGUCUUUACACAUAGUAAGCAUUCAGUGUUAGUCUUUAUUCAACACUUGAAUUCAAGUAGUUUUAGAGUCUAGCUCUGUUGUCUUUGGUGGCAGUGGAUAAUUUGCAGUGAUUUUACUUUACUUGAAUAUAUAAUCUGAUUAUAGGAUUUCUUUCUCUUCAAGUCUUCUGUUAAUAUCACUAAACUUAGGUUCAUAUAAGGUUUAAUCCAUAGCAUGUCAUGGUGCUGGCCUCUGAUCACCUUUUCCAGAGUCUUUGGAAAGAGGACUCUAAACAUUGUGGCCAUAUUACUGGCUAAUUCACAUGUCAGGGGAACAUGCUUAUUAUAUUUGUGAGUUAUACUUCUAUUUCUACUAAUCUUGUCAAAGGUAAUUAUUAUUUUGCUUAUGUUAUUAUUACAUGAAAUAAAUUCCUGUAUUUGAACAAUGACUUUUUAAUAA